GCGUUCGGCGUCGACGGUAGGCCGGCACCUGCAGUGGUGAUCCGGAGACUUCCCCGGACCAUAGGCCCUGAGGCUCUGAGGAGCAUGCUGAUCUUCGCCGGCGAUCUCAUUGAUACUGAAUUCAUUCGCUCCCCAUAUCCAGAAGAUCAAGGCUUUGCGACCGCAGUUGCCCGUUUCCAAUCCUCGGCCGGCGCAUUCGAAGCGCAGCAGAAGUUGAACGGGAAACCCAACACCACGAAGGAGGCGAACAUGAUUGUGGAAGCACACAGCGGCGGUGCGGCCGGACAUUUCGAAAGGCGCAAUACCAUUGACGGCAUUGCUUCCCGCACCCAGACCAGCUCUGCCUCGUCUGCCAGCUCCAAUGGCGGUCCUGGAAGAUCCAGGUUUGGCAGCACUUUCCAAUCCACCGAGAAAAUCUCCCCACCUCUGCCCAAUUCCACAUCUGCUGGCGACUUUCCCGUGCCCGAGAGCAGUGCGCAUUUCCAGAACUUGUUCUCGCCCCAGUCUCCUUUGGCGAAUGGAGAUCAUCGUGUUAGUGGCAAGUCGAUGAUCAACGACGACUCCGUGGACGACGAGACCGGAGAGCUCCUCAAAGAUCCGGUCGCAUACGCCAAAAGCGGCCAGCAGCCACUCAGUCGACGGCCCACUAACUCCUCCAUCCCAGUGGGCCGCUUUGCCAGUCUUUCUCUCAGCUCUCCGAGCGGCGUUGGCAACAACAUGAUGCCCAUGACACCCAACGGCUUUACCUCUCCACGUCAUGGUUCCAUGCAAAACGGCGCCUCGCCAAUGUCGCCAACGAACGGUAUGAGCAAUGGCGGCUAUGCACCACCCAACUUCCCCAGACCACAGUACCCUCCAGUCAAUCCCGCCGACCAGAAUCCACCUUGCAACACUCUCUACGUGGGAAAUUUGCCAAUUGAUACUUCUGAAGACGAGCUGAAGGGUCUCUUCUCCAAGCAGCGUGGUUACAAGCGGCUUUGCUUCAGAACCAAGCAGAACGGGCCGAUGUGUUUUGUGGAGUUCGAGGACAUUUCUUUCGCCACCAAGGCUUUGCAUGAGCUCUACGGUCAUCCACUGCACAAUAGCGUCAAGGGCGGCAUUCGUCUGAGCUUUUCGAAGAAUCCGCUCGGUGUACGCUCUGGCCAGACGAACGGCAUGGGUCCAAGCGCUGUGAUGUCGCCCCAGGCCAUGGCUCCUGGAUACAGCGGAUCAUCGAACGGCGGGAACUUCAGUUCAGUAUCAGGCCCGCCGCCAGGACUUGCAUCUCCACCAGGUCUGAUGAAUGGCAAUGCACCAGGACUCACGAACGGCAACGGCAUUGACGGCAUGUUUGCCAAUCCAUUCGGCGUCUCUUCCCCCGACUUUGUGGGUCAAAUUGCUCCACGCAACUAUUCUGGUGGGGUGCCACCUGCUCUGGGUUCUGGCACGUACGGCAGAGACAAUCGCAAUGGUUACACCGAGUAC